AUGGCAGAGCCAGAAAAAACCCUGGAGACGCCUGAGCCAGCGUCUGCUGAUACCACUGCCGUCACCACCGCCGCCAGUACACCAACCCUUCCCACUGACUCUGAAACAGUGGCACCAGAGCAGCCAGACCCCUCCAGGAUAGAAGUGGUCUCCGUGACAGAGGAGGACCUCCCUGCCAUCCACACCCCAACCACCUUGAAUGUCAGCCCGCUGGGCAGCACUGGCAACAGCCCCCAACCAGAGAACAAUCCUGUCAAAGUUGAGGAGCCCCGCUCUCCGGCCGCUCCCAGCCCCGCCAUGCCCAUCACCAAGGUGCAGCCUUUUCUGAGCGAAGACAACAUUGAGGGGAAAACAUGGAAAGGGAGAGUGCUGGCAAGGCGGAUGGAGCUGCUGAUCGGUGCGUUCAUCCUGGCGGUGGUCACCGUCGCACUCAGCGUUGGUCUCGGAGUGGGUCUAAGUUGUGUGGGGAAGUUCCGCUGCGGGACGUCCUCUCGCUGCAUCAGCAGUUUGGCACAAUGUGACGGACAGGUGGACUGUGAGCAUGGCGAGGACGAACUCAGCUGUGUGCGUCUGAGUGGAAAGAGUGCGGUGCUGCAGGUUCUCAGUGGAGGUGUGUGGAGAACUGUGUGUUCUGAAGACUGGAACAACAUCCUGGGCUUCUCUGCCUGCAAGCAGAUGGGAUACUCCAGGUAUGUAGAGUCUCGCUCGCUUCCUCUGUCCUCCAUCGAGCACGACUUCCAGAGCAACCUGGUGUCUAUCAAUCUGAGCCAGGCAGGUUUACAGAUCAUCAAGAUCCACAAUGCCACAAAUCUCAGUAAGACACAGUGCCCUUCAGGGACGGUGACCACACUCAAAUGUCUGGAGUGCGGCUCCAGGCCCCAGCAUCGUACUCGCAUCGUCGGGGGCAAUGUCUCCUCGCCAGGUCAGUUCCCCUGGCAGGUCAGCCUCCAUUUCAAGAGCGAGCAUCUAUGUGGAGGCUCCAUUGUCACCUCCCAGUGGAUCCUCACGGCUGCACACUGUGUGUACGGGUUUGCCUUCCCCACACUCUGGGCUGUACACGUUGGACUGACGGAGCAGCCGGUCAAUGGAGCCCAGUCUCUGGCGAUAGAGAAGAUCAUCUACCAUAGCCGCUACCGGCUCAAAGGGCUGGACUACGACAUUGCACUGAUGAAGCUGGCUGAGCCACUCACUUUCAAUGGCUUUGUGGAGCCAAUCUGCCUGCCUAAUUUUGGGGAGGAGUUUGAGUCAGGGACCAUGUGCUGGAUCUCAGGGUGGGGGGCAACAGAGGAUGGAGGUGAGGCCAGCGUGUCUUUGCAUUCAGCCAGGGUGCCUCUCAUCUCCACCAAGGCCUGCAACCAGCCGGGGGUGUACCAGGGCUUCAUCUCUCCCUGGAUGAUCUGCGCUGGCUACCUGGAGGGAGGAACUGACUCUUGCCAGGGGGACAGUGGUGGUCCUCUGGCCUGCGAGGACUCAUCCGUAUGGAAGCUGGUUGGGGCCACCAGCUGGGGCAUGGGCUGUGCUGAGAGGAACAAGCCAGGGGUGUACACUCGCGUCACACAGUCGCUCAACUGGAUCCACCAACAAAUGGAGGCUCUGCUGGGCAGGCCAAGGCCCUCGUUUGUGUCGGAGCCAAAUUAUGGAGUCAGUCAUAAGAAUGAGCACAUCUACUCAAACACAAGCAUGCAAAAACUUUGA